UCGUUCCCGGGUAGUAUAAAGAUUGCUGUCUCCUUUGUUCGCCCUCGUUGCGCAGUCGUCCUAGCGUCAUUUCUGUUCCGUACUGAAAAUCGGUAGCUGUCACUGGUGCGGCGCUGCUCAGAAGGCCCCGUCGGCGAGCUCAAAGGAGCUUGAGACUGUCGCCAUCCCCUCCGGAGAGGAAAGAUGGUUGAAGCAGAUCGCCCAGGAAAGCUCUUUAUUGGUGGGCUUAAUACAGAAACAAAUGAGAAAGCCCUGGAGGCAGUGUUUGGCAAAUAUGGACGAAUAGUGGAAGUGCUUUUGAUGAAGGACCGAGAAACCAAUAAGUCAAGAGGAUUUGCUUUUGUCACAUUUGAAAGCCCAGCAGAUGCAAAGGAUGCUGCCAGAGACAUGAAUGGAAAGUCCUUAGAUGGAAAAGCCAUCAAGGUGGAGCAAGCCACCAAACCAUCAUUUGAAAGUGGCAGACGUGGACUACCUCCACCUUCAAGAAGCAGAGGUCCCCCCAGAGGUCUUCGAGGAGGAAGAGGGGGAAGUGGAGGAACCAGAGGACCCCCAUCACGGGGAGGACACAUGGAUGAUGGUGGCUACUCCAUGAAUUUUACUUUGAGUUCUUCCAGAGGACCUCUUCCAGUAAAAAGAGGACCACCACCAAGAAGUGGAGGUCCUCCUCCUAAAAGAUCAGCACCUUCAGGACCAGUUCGCAGCAGCAGUGGAAUGGGAGGAAGAGCUCCUGUGUCACGUGGAAGAGAUGGUUAUGGAGGCGCCAUAAGAGAGCCCCUGCCUUCUCAGAGAGAUGUUUAUUUGUCCCCGAGAGAUGAUGGAUAUUCCACUAAAGACAGCUAUUCAAGCAGAGACUAUCCAACUUCUCGAGAUACACGAGAUUAUGCACCACCACCAAGAGAUUAUACUUACCGUGAUUAUGGUCAUUCCAGUUCACGAGAUGACUAUCCAUCAAGAGGCUAUAGUGAUAGAGAUGGAUAUGGUCGGGAGCGCGACUAUUCGGAUCAUCCAAGUGGAGGUUCCUACAGAGAUUCGUAUGAGAGUUAUGGUAACUCACGUAGUGCUCCACCUACACGAGGGCCCCCGCCAUCUUAUGGUGGAAGCAGUCGCUAUGAUGAUUACAGCAGCUCACGUGACGGAUAUGGUGGAAGUCGAGACAGUUACACAAGCAGCCGAAGUGAUCUCUACUCAAGUGGUCGUGAUCGCGUGGGCAGACAAGAACGAGGGCUUCCCCCUUCUAUGGAAAGGGGGUACCCUCCUCCACGUGAUUCCUACAGCAGUUCAAGCCGCGGAGCACCAAGAGGUGGUGGCCGUGGAGGAAGCCGAUCUGAUAGAGGGGGCAGAAGCAGAUACUAGGAACAAACAAAACUUUUGGACCAAAAAUCCCCAUUCAAAGAAACAAACAAAAAAAUGGAAACUUUCUGUCAUAAACUACCCAAGGACUACUAAAGGAAAAAUUGUGUUACCUUUUUAAAAUUUCCUGUUCCCCUUAAUAAUUUUUAUGUUCUUGUGAGGGAAAAAGUAAGACAUGUUUAAUUUUAUUUGCUAUUAUGAGUUGCUUUCAACAAGCAAAUGUUAGAUGUGUAAGCCGUGACUUGUUACUAGUGUUGUAAUUUUCCAAGUAAAAGUGUCCCUGAAGGCCACUUCCUGAUUUUUCCCAGCAAAUGAGGCAAGCAAUCCCAAGAUCUUCCACAAACAUUUAGCCAUCUAGAUGUCCUUUGGUCUCUAUUGAGAGUUGAAUCACCCUGCCUGUGCAGACAAGCUAGCCAUUAGAGAGGGUUGGUGGGGUGUGAGGAUUUCAGGGUGUCUUCCAACUGAAAUCUCAAUGUUCGCAGUAUAUAUAUAUAUUCAAACAAACCAACCAACCUGAGAUCAGAUGCCUAGGCAUGUACUAUUUACCCAGUAACCCCCCCCCAAAAAAAAAAAAAAAAGCAAAUGGAUGCUGGCCAUAUUUUGCUUUUCUGACAUUUCCUUGGGAAUCUACAAGAACCUCCCUUCCCCCUCCCCGAGUAAGACCAUUUAAGUGUGUGUUAAACAACUACAAAAUACUAAAUAAAAAGUUUGGCCAAAAUCAACCAUGAA